CCCAGGGUGUCUCCACUGAGCACCCUGGGACACCGCAGGGACAGAGCCCCUGGCAUCCUGUGAUGGGAAGAUAAGGAUUUAAAAAUCCUUAUAAUCCUGGAAGCUGGAAAAAAACAUGGAUCUGGGUGCCUGCCAGAGUCUGUUCCUGUUCCCCACCAGUGCCUGGUCCCUGCUCCACCUCAUCUCUCCAUGGCCACCUUUGUCUUCGCAGAUGAGAUAAAGCUCAGCACUUCCACCUGAACCCACAGUCAGCAGUGGGGGCUGGAAGUGUCACCCAGGAUUUGUGGCAGAUGGAGCCUGGGAGGAGACAUUGGGAGCUUCCUGAAGCCUCAGUGUGCUGGCCCCGGGCUAUGCGAUGCUCCCUGAAACGUUCUCUCACUGCUGUGCUCACAGCCUCCUUCCUCCUCCUCCUCCUCCUCCUCCAUGGAGACAUCCAGCAGGAACAGGAGCCCCUGGAGGUGGAACCUGGGGGCUUGGCCCCAUACCCAGUCCUACAGGUGCUGCAGCCAGAAGGAGCCCUGCACAUCCUCAGGGACACUGAUGACCUCUCUGCACUUCACAACAUCUCCUACAACAUCCUCGCUGGAUCCCUCUUACCCCAAAAAAAGUUCUUGGCAGUGGGAUUGGCGUCGGUGCGGCGGCCGCGGGGCUACUACCUGCCUGCCACCCUCCAGUCCCUCUUCAAGCAGUCCACAGAGGAGGAGCUGCAGGAGAUGGUGGUGGUGGUGCACCUGGCUGACGCAGACCCGAGCUGGAACGUGCGCGUGGCCGCGGACAUCGCCCGGAAAUUCGCUCACCAGAUCCUCCUGGGCAGACUCCUGCUCAUCCACGCUCCCCAGGAGUUUUACCCCAGCCUGGAGGGCCUGAAGAGGAACUACAACGACCCAGAAGAGAGGGUGAGGUUCAGGUCCAAGCAGAACGUGGACUACGCCUUCCUCCUCUCCUUUGCUGCCAACCUCUCCUCCUACUACCUGAUGAUCGAGGAUGAUGUGUGGUGCUCCAAGUCCUUCUUCACAGCCAUCCGCAAGGCGCUGGCGUCCCGGGAAGGCUCCAGCUGGGCCACUCUUGAGUUCUCCAAGCUGGGUUACAUUGGCAAACUCUACCACUCCAGCGACCUUCCCCGCCUGGCUCGCUUCCUCCUCCUCUUCUACCAGGAGAUGCCCUGUGACUGGCUGCUGACCCAUUUCCGCCUCCUGCUCACCCAGAAGGACGUCAUCCGCUUCAGGCCCUCCCUCUUCCAGCACAUGGGCCUCUACUCCUCCUUCCAGGGCACCAUCAACCGGCUGGAGGACGACGAGUUCCAAGCCGAUGCCUUGGACCUCCCGGACAACCCCCCGGCAGCCUUGUUCACCACCAUGUCCAUCUUUGAGAACCACGAGCCCGUCAAUGCUUACAGCUCAGCAGAGGGGUAUUUUUGGGGCAGAGACCCACGAGCUGGCAGCACCUUCUCCAUCAUCUUCCAGCAGCCAGCCCGGGUCAGUCGCGUCCGGGUGCGCACGGGCUCCGAGGAGCACCGGGGAGAUUUCCUGCAGGCAGGGGUGCUGGAGCUGGGCUGGCAGGUGGAUGGGCAGGACUGCUCCAGGUACAGCCCGGUGGGCACCUUUGAGAAGGGGGUGUUGGAGGAACGGGGUCUGGAGAGAGGUGUGCUCAGCCCUGUGGAGUGCGUGAGGAUCCGGGUGACCCGGGACCAAAGCGAGUGGCUCAUCAUCCAGAGCAUCGACAUCUGGACCACGGAGAGCACCUGAGCAGGGGUGUGGUGGGGUGGCCAAAGCACUUGGAUUUCCUACCAAGAGGUGCAUUAUUUUUCUCACUCCCUUUUUUGAUGAGGAAUUAAAUUAUUGACUCCCUGCCUGACUCCGGAGGGAUGGCAGGAACAGGGAUGGGGCUGUGCCUGAAGGGGGGGAUGUUCCAGGGAGCAACACUGGCAGCCAAGGAGGAGCAGAGGCUUGGGAAUUGCAGGCUGGGCAGCAGCAAACAUCUCCUCCCAGGGAGGAUGGUGCACAGGACAGAGCUAAUUAGGGAAUUAACAAGCUAAACGAUUAAUCAGGCAGCGGCGUUUUCUGCAACUUCUCCACCCCAUCCCUGCCCCCUCUGAGUUUCUUAAUCCACUCCCAGAUUUUUUCCUUUUCUGUCACGUUUUCAAGCUGUUCUUGGGAGGGGCCAGGGGAAGGGAAGGGGGUGCUGGGAGCUGGGAACGGGACCUUCACUGCUGGCACUCAGGGCUGUACCACCAGAUGGACCCCUCACACCUGCCCAGUCCCUGACCAGCAGCACCUCCUGCAGCCACCGGUUGUGUUCAGACCCUUCCAACUGAUUUCAUGGUCACUGAAUCAUUUUGGUUGGACAAGACUUCCAAGAUCAUCCAGUCCAACCCUUCCCUCAUCCC